UCAUUUGGAUGCUUGAAUGAAAAGAAAUUAACUGGGAUUUGGGGAAAAAAAGAAGCCGAGGAAAUGUCCGAGGCAGCGCAGCAGCUGGCGGGCAGCACCGCCACGGGUGACAACAAGCCCUUUGCAGUCCAGUUGUCCAACGUCUACCUCAGCAUCUUGGCGCUGUUCUGCUUCAAGCUCUUCGUCAAGAUCUCCCUCAACCUGCUCACCUACUUCUACAUUAUCCGUGGGAACCGCAAGGAGGCGGCCCGGAUAUCCGCCGAGUUUUACGACUACAACCAGCAACGCGGAUCCUGGACGGACCGCUCACCACUUCACGAUGCCGCCAGUCAGGGUCGCCUCCUUGCUCUCAGGACCCUCAUUGCGCAGGCAGCCCACAUGAUACUGACCAGGAUUCAACCAAUGAAAUGGAAGAUGAUGACAGGUCACAACGUUAACAGCGUGACCAUCGACCAUGUCACCCCUCUCCAUGAAGCCUGCCUUGGAGACCACGCACCCUGCGCCAGAGCCCUGGUCGACGCCGGCGCCGGCGUCAAUGCCUUGGCGGUCGAUGGCGCCACACCGCUGUUGAACGCCUGCAUGGUGGGCAGUGCGGCGUGCACUGAAGUCCUGCUGGAAAACGGCGCCAGGGCUCAGAGCCUCGCCCACCAGCCAUCACCCAUCCACGAAGCCACUCGCAGAGGUCAUUGUGCUUGCAUAGACGUUCUGCUGACGUGGGGUGUGGAUGUAGACAUGGACACCACUCACUUGGGCACGCCGCUCUACACCGCUUGCAUCUGCCAGGAGCUGGAAUGUGCCAGGAAGCUUCUCAGGGAAGGCGCUAAUGUUCAAAAAGGCAAAUCCCUGGACUCGCCUUUGCAUGCAGCGGCAGAGAAAGACUGCACUGCAAUUGUAAAGUUGCUGCUUGACUUUGGUGCCGACAUCAAUGCCCGGGACGGUGAGUGUCGACGACCAGUGGAUGUGGCCCCGCCCAGCAGCUUCACGGAAGGCCUCCUGUUCCUCUACGAAGCUAUGCCCCGAAUGCUGACUCAGCUGUGCCGCCAGUGCAUUAGGACGUGCAUCGGCCGGGACAGACUGCACCUCCUCUGUCAUCUGCCCCUGCCGGGUCGAAUCAGGAACUUCCUACAAUACCAGUGAUAAUGGCAAAAAGGACUUUUUAAUAGGUUGUAUGCAAAUAAUUGAGUCUCUGAAGUGCCUACCCACCCAAGUAAAUUUUUUGCGAGCUGUCUGUUUCGCAACAACAAAAAAACUGCGAGUGACCCGAUACCAUAUGCAACCUACAUUACAUUAUGAUGACUGGUGAUGAAUAGCCUUUGUAAAAAUUUCACAAAAUGCACUUUGAAAAAUGUUAUUGUACGUUAUUACGUUUAUUUCUGCUUUGUGGACUGUUGAAAACUCAAUAAAACACUUUAUUUUA